AUGCCUCGCGUCCUCGUCACCGGAGGUAGCGGCUUUCUCGGCGGCACCGUAGUCGAUAUUUUGCUUGCUCGAGGCUAUUCCGUCGUCACAACCGUCCGCUCAACCGAAAAAGCGCAACAAAUGCGCUUAGACCGACCACAUAUCUCGGCCUCUCAACUCGAGUAUGCCAUUGUGCCCGACAUUGCGCAAUUGGGCGCAUUCGAUGAAGCUGUUCAACAGAGUCCGCCGUUGGACGCGGUUAUUCAUACCGCAUCCCCGUUCCAUUUUCGCAUUAAUGAUGUGAAGAGGGAUAUGCUUGAUCCCGCCGUGAAUGGGACUGUGGGUGUGUUGGAAUCAAUCAAAAAGUACGCGCCGUCUGUGAAAAGGGUAGCGAUCACGUCUAGUUUUGCGUCCAUGUAUAACAACCCCAAUAAGCCUACUGGAUCGACGUAUAGUGAAAAGGAUUGGAAUCCAGUGACGUGGGAGACUGCGCUUGAACCUGAGAAUGCAGCUGGUCAGUCCGGAUAUCGCACAUCAAAGGCACUUGCUGAGAAGGCGGCGUGGGAGUUUAUGGAGAAGGAGAAACCGGGUUUUACAUUGACUGCACUCAACCCGCCGCUCAUUUUUGGGCCUGUGGCGGCUAAUACUAGCUCAGUGGAGGGUAUGAAUACGUCGAAUGUUCGGUUUGUGGAGUUUCUUACGGGGGCAGCGAAGGAGAAAUGUCCUCCUACCGGAAGUUUGUUCUGGGUUGAUGUGCGAGAUGUUGCGUUGGCGCAUGUGCUGGCUAUUGAGAAGGAUGAAGCUGCUGGUCAACGUUACUUUGUGGCUGCCGAUCCGUUUAGUAAUGUUGAUUUGGUCGAGAUUAUCGCCGAGUCGUUCCCCAAGUACAAGGACCAACUGCCUACGGGUGAUGCACUGAAGCUGGGAAGGUAUCCUGAAGGUGGACCGCCGUAUAAGGUUGAUAAUUCGAAGUCAGUGACGGAGUUGGGUCUGAAGUUUAGGACUUUGAAGGAGAGUGUGGAGGAUACGGUGAAGAGCAUCGAACGUUUGCUUGAGAAGGCAUGA